AUGCAUCAGCACCAUCAUCAUCAGCAGCAGCAGCAGCAGACGAUGCAGCAGCAGCAGCAGCAGCAGCAGCAGAUGGUAUAUUCACAAAUAGCCAUCAAACAACAACAGCAGCAGCAACAGCAGCAGCAGCAGCAGCAGCAGCAGCAGCAGCAAAUAGAAACAAAUCAUUUACAUGUAAAUACAAAUACAACAACUUCAGCAGCAGCAGCUGCUGCAGCAGCAGCAGAUGCAGAAGCAGCAGCUGCUGCUGUUGCAGCUGCAGCCGCUGCUGCUGCUGCUGGUGCUGCUGGUGAUGCUAGUGAUGGGCCUGGAGCUGCACCUGCUGCUGCUGCUGCUGCAGCUUCAGCUCGUCCUGCUGCUGCAGCACCAGCAGCAGCAGCAGAAGCAGGUUGUCCUGCUGCAGCAGCAGUUGAAUUUGAGGCUCUUAUUCAGGCCUUGGCCCUCUCCUUAGAUGCACCAAUAAACAGCAGCAGCAGCAGCAGCAGCAGCAACAGCAGCAGCAGCAGCAACAGCAGCAGCAGCAGAAGCAGAGAGGUAAGGAGAUAUGUUGCUGCUGCUCCAACUGCAGCAGCAACAACCAGAAGCAGAGAGGUAAGGAGAUAUGUUGCUGCUGCUCCAACUGCAGCAGCAACAACAAGCAGAGAGGUAAGGAGAUAUGUUGCUGCUGCUCCAACUGCAGCAGCAACAACAGCAGCAAAAGCAGCAGCAGCAGCAGCAGCAGCAGAAGUUGAUGAUAAAGAGGGGGUGCUUAAUUGUCUCCCCUCCAUUGCAGCAGCGAGACAGAGGAGACUGCAGCAGCAGCAGCAGCAGCAGCAGCAGCAGCAGCACCAAAAGCAGCAGCAGCACCAGAAGCAGCAGCAGCACCAAAAGCAGCAGCAGCAGCAGCAGCAGCAGCAGCAGCAGCAGACAGACUCUGAGCCGCUGCUGCUGCAGGGCGCUGACUCCUCAGACUUCGCCGAUGACUUCACAGCCAGUCAGAGCACACACAUAUAA